AUGGGCUACCCCACCGCCGACGCCGUCACUGGAGUUGAGUGCCACAAACAGGUCCGAUCAUGGAGGCUCUUACGUUCUCUCAUCCAAGUCCUAAUCCCCACCUGCAACUCUUCCUCCUUGUUGGACCAACGUCAUCAAUAUCUAAACCCAGAAGCUGAUCAUAAUCCCAGCUCAAUGAUCACGGCCUUGUCUUCGUCGUGUUCCUCUGUAAUUUCCGGCACUAUAUUUGGAUAUCGCCAUGGGAAUGCCAACUUGUGUAUUCAAGAGAAGCCGAGUUCACCAACCCCACUUCUUCUUCUUCACCUUCCGAUUCCGACGACUGUGCUGGCAAGGCAAAUGAGAGGAGGAACACUGAGAAUGGUGUUACAGAGAGCAAGUAUUACUCCAAGAUCUUGCUGUUGUUGCAGUAGUAGGGUUUUAUCGAUCCCUCUCUGGGCUUUGUACUGCAACGGGAAGAAGCAAGGCUACGCAGUGAAGCGCAAGCCUGAGAGUGUGGACAUGGAAGUUUUGAGGUUGACGCGGAAGGUUGUUGCAGAAUGCAGAAAACUGUUUGGUGUGCAUGUUACCUUUGGUUUUUAG